UUUGAACCUCUAUUCUGAGAUCUCAGUUUCCUGAGUGGCUAGUAUUACAGGUAAGAGCUACUGGCUCCAUGUUUACUUUUAAAAACCGAUGUGUCUAAAUAAAAUGAUGUGAAAUAAAACUGAUGUGAAAUAAAAAUAGAUUAUAGUAUGUUUCCAUUUCUAGGAAGUUAUCAAAUAUAUAAAUUAUUGCUUUUAGGGAUCAGUUAGAAGUCAACAGAAUAUAUUUAACACAAGUUACAAUGAAUAAAAAUUUGUAUUCCAGGUUAAUUAAGAAACUUCAUGAAAAAUCUAAUAUCAUAUCUAACACAAUUCUGUUUAUUUGGAGUGAGUGUCUUGAUCCAAAUUAUUAUUAUUACUUUUUGCCUUCAGUCUGCUUUUACUAAGACAUGUGAUCUAAUGCAUAAGGGUGGACUGGAACAACCCAAGCCUUAGGUAGCUGGUGAGCUUCAUACCUUACUUAACAUGAUCACAAUAUGGAUUAAAUGUCAUCAGGAAUCUUAAAGGACAUUAACCAUCCAAAUCAUCAUAACGGUUGAUUCUAUGAGAUCACUUCAUUUGGUUAUACCAAUUGACAAAACAAGAAGUAAAACUAUGGACCAAUAAUCAUUACUAAUAUAAAAAGCAAAACUCUUCAAGGAGAUAGUAACAAACCAAUUCAGUAACAAAAAAAUGGAGUCUAUACUACCACUGAAAAUCGUUAUCACAGAAGGUAAGAUGGUAUGCUAUGAAAAAAUAAUUUGUGUAAAAAAGGGUAAAGAGAUGAAUAUAAUCAAAAAACAUAAAUAUGUAGCAUGUGCAAGGUCUAUGUAUAUAUGGCCUUGCACAUAUUAUUUGCUCUACCACUGAGAUACACGCACAGCCCACUCCCACACUGUUUCUUAAGUAUGUGACAUGCAGAGUGACUUACUUAUUAAAUACAAAGGAAGGGUAAAAAACAGAAAUUUUGACAUGAAGAAAUCUGGUCACAUGUACUUCAUUCUGCUGAUCAAAAUAAACAUCAUCAGAGAUUAAAAGAAAAAGUUGAUGGUAAUCAAGGCUUGGUACAUUAUCAGCAUACCCAACUUAGUUUGUAGGAUUUCUUUCAUGAGAAACCAAUCUCCUCAUAUAGGUAUUUCAAUGUAAUCUCCUCAUAUAGAUCACAGUGGACUCACAACUCUUAGUUAUUAUGAUCUUUAAUCUGUUCUCAACCUGUUACCGAAGAACUGUGUACUUGUUUAGAAAUAAAAAUUAACCAAAAUGUGAUGAAAUGUCAUUUAUGUCACUCAAGAUAGAAAUGUUUAUCUUGCUAGAAAACUCUGUGUUGGUGUCUUUGAUGAUAUGCACAAGAAACCAGUAUGUCAAAAUACUAAAUGAAGCUAAUGGUCAACUGUCAGCAAGAAAUACUUUCUUCAUCCAAUGUUCUUCACAUAGUGUACAAUGUAUUUUUACAUCAUAAAACUGAAUUUAAAAAGAGCUAUUCGUCUCAUAUUUGGGAUAUACAUUAUGUAUGUCAAAACAAGUAAACUCAAUUAUGUGAUAUUGAAUUAAAUCACAUGAUCAUGUGGAUAUAGCUAAAAAGUCAACUUUAACUUGUAUUGAUUCAUUUUGGACACAUGUCAAAGUAUGUGUCUGCAUCUGUUUAUAAGUCUGAUCUAAGGAUAUUGUGUUUUCAACCACUUCCUUUGAUUUUUCCCAUCUUUAAGUUUUUAAAUUAGCUACACUUGACACCAGCCAAUGGGCUCGUGUUAGGUAAGUAUCUUUUCUAUCAAAGUAGUUUGCUUCUGUCACCUAAGAAUUGUUUUUCUAAAAAGUUCUUGCUUGGCAAGGUGUCUUGGCCCUUGUUGAUUACAUUUUAGUUACAUUCUUUUCCUUGCUGCACUAUCAUUAACAUAACCUGUUAUAAGUUCCUUAACUUUUAGUUUCAUGUUCUUAAUUAAACCACAUCCUUUUACAGAUUGAGAACCUGACCUCAGCCAGGUUCAAGGCAGAGGUAAGGCCUGCUGGGUUAGGGAUAAAAAGGUAGCAGCCUGCCUGCUGUUUGCUUGUCAGAUUUUUAGAUGAUGGCGCACCCUUCUGUAGAAGUAAACUUUGCCUUGCCGAGUUCCUUUGGAGUUGGUGUCCUUAUUUCUACAUAACAUCCCAACAUCCCGAGCCAUUUCUAACAACACAUCAAACAGGUGUUUAAGGACCCAGGCACCUAAUAAUACUGAGACACAUAUUAGAAUAAAGGCCAGGAACUAGGUUGGGUGACAAGGGGACCAUGAGACUCAAAAUGACUUGUCAAGGAGCACAGAAAGGGCUAUCUGCCUUUAACUGAAACCCUACCUAUAGCCAGGCCUGACAGGAUGUUGAGACUGGACAAGGAGUGCUGUUAACUAUGAUAUGUACAUAUGGUGAUGAGAUAGUGGGGGUCUCGGUAGCCAAUGAGUCCACUGGGGAGGUCUUGUGUGAGGAAGGGGCUCGGAUAAGGGGACCUGGGGAAGUGACUCCCCUUCUAUAAGGAUGGGGCAAACCCCAUGGAAUCCUGGUAGCCAGGCAACAACAUUCCAGAGUCAACAGCAGCCAGCUCACUUGGAGAGCAACCUUGAAGACAGAAGGAUGUUCUCCUGUUGUAUGCCCAGGAAACCCUGGUGUGGCUGCCUCAUUGGAGCCUGGCGUCGCUGGAUCAAUGCUCACCCUGGACUCCAGCGCCUCGGGCCAUUUUUCAAUAGGAAUCCAAAUGAAACAAACCGGAGUCCAGAGCAAGUAUAUUCAGUCCAGGAUGAAACUGAGUCCAUCCCAACCCAGGAAGGGCUCCGUAGGGUGAGUACUGUGGAGCCAGACAUGCUAGAGAAGAUGGUAAGCCUCCUGAUACCUCUCUACCAGAAGGAGGAUCCCUUCUUCGUCCCUGCCUUCCUGUUUACUUACAGAAGGUUUACAACAACAGGGCAAGUGUUGGAGCUUCUGUUUCAAAGGUAUGCCUAUUUCCAACCUGACUGUGAGGAGGAUGAACAAGUGAAGAACACCAUGUGUUCCUUGCUUGCAAUGUGGCUGGACAAGUACCCUGAAGAUUUCUGCCAAAUCAACAAUCUGUCCAACCUGAAUAAGCUGAUGGCCUACGUGCUGCUCAACAUGCCCUCCUCAGAACUGGCAGUCCGUGUACACCUUCUCCUCACUGAGCUGGAGACCAAAGAGGCAGACAAAAAGAGAAAGGAGUCCUUAGGUAGGUGGUGCCUGAGAACAUGUGAGGAGGGUUGGAAACUAGCUCCCAUGGAAUGAGAAUCCCAGGCUGGUGAUUGGCCUGUAACCACUAGUAAACCCAGUGUAGGAAGAUGUCCUGCCAUGGUUAGUCUAUAGCCAGUAUCUACUCUGUUGGAGACUCAGAAGGGUCAGUCCCACCUCAACUGUCACAGCCCCUCCAUUAACAAUGCAUCUAUUUCCAUCCUUAGAUCUGGGGCUGCAUAUAGCACCUGCUCCUGAGAUCAAGGCAGAGGAUAUGUCUGUGAUGGAAGCAGAUGUGGUAUUGAAAUCAGCUGCUCCACCAGCUGCAGAAAAUCUAGUACCUCCACAGGAUUCUGUGCCUCAUGUAGUGGUAGUGCAGUUUGUGUCAUCUAUAUAAGGACUACAACACCUUCUGCCUCCUGUACACUCACCUCAGGUCAAACCCAUGGACUAUCCUCAAAUAGUGACAAAACUGCAGCAAACGGAACAUCUUCCUACAAAGUGCAUCAUGGUGACUUCCACCUUCCUGGCUCAACAUCAGCCAUGCAAAAACCAUCUGUGCUAACCUUCAUCAUCCAUUCCCUAGUGACAGGACCUCAGUGUGGCCAUCAGUUCCUCCCAAGCCCCAUCUCUCCUCUACACUUCCAAAUUACAUAGACUUAAAAAAAAAUCUCCACAAUCUGCCUUUAAAAUACAUAUAUAAAAUUCAAGUUUUGUAGGAAAGUUGACUUCAGAACUUAUAAAAGUAAUUUUUGGCUUUCCUGUUGAAUAAAUCUUGAGUUACAAAUA